AUGGAAGAAACACUCGCCCUUAAUGCUUCCGACUGCAACCUGCUCGAAGAGAUAUCCAACACUCCCGAAGUGUCCGAAACAUCUCCGUCGCCGAUCCGCCGGCGUCUGAGAUCAUCCAUUUUGGACAGCUCCAACGCCAUCGGGCCUUCUCCACCUCACAGGCCCAGGGGGAGAACCGGUCUCCGUCGCCCGUCAGACACUGGUGACUCCAGACGCUUCUCUCCAACCCGCUCCCGAUCCAGACGCGCCAGCGACCGGCGGAACCGCCCCGAGGCGACUUCACCCGGGCAACACGCCGUGCGCCCUUCGGCCACAGGCAUAGCCGACUGGACAGUCGCCAGCCUGAAACGGUCUCUCACUCAUCAUAACAUCCCUUUCCACCACUCCGACAGAAAGGCCACACUUUUGCGUCAUCUUCGAAACUUUCUACACAACUCCACGAGCCGAACACCACUUCCGGGUCGCCGUCGUCACGACGAUGACGUCACGCCACCGUCUUCGGCUCGCCACUCCCAUUCAGCCCUUACCCAGGGCCAGCUCCCCCUCCAGCUGGCUCCUGCUCCCUCCCUCUCUAUCCCCCCCUGCCUUCUAACCAGCUCCUGCUCCCUCCCUCUCUAUCCCCCCCUGCCUUCUAACCACUCUCUAGCCACAGCCGCACCUCCAGCAAGCCCCACGGCGUCUCCAAGACCAUCCCCGGUGUCAUCCACCCUCAGACAGCAGAUUCUUUCCGGUAAUUACGUCGACCUAGCCCAACUCAUUCACCCAUCCACAUAUAACCCCCACAUCCCCAUCCCCAUCCACCUCUUAGACGACUUCCUGACCGUCACACCGCCCUCUUUCCCCCCGUCACAUGGUCUCACCACCAUGGUUUCAGUCUUCACCAACCUCGGUGUCCCCCUCUCAGCCGAAAAGACAGAGGGACCCAGCACGUCCCUCGAAUUUCUCGGCAUCACCCUCGAUUCCAUCUCCCUACAAGCGUCCCUGCCUAUCGAGAAAAUCCACCGCACCUCCCUUCUGAUCUCCAACUUCCUCCUGGCCCACAGAUGCACAAAACGGCAACUUCUCUCACUGUUAGGCCACCUCAACUACGCCAUCCGCAUAAUCCCCCAAGGUCGAUCCUUCCUUUCACACCUCCUCUCGAUAGCCACAUCCACCCCAAAUCUCCACGACCACAUCACGCUCAAUGAAGCAAGCAAAAUGGAGCUCAAACUCUGGCACCACUUCCUCUCUUCAUGGAACGGAAUAUCAUUUUUCUACGACGACCACAUCACUAAGCCAGAGGACAUCCAGCUUUUCACCGACGCAGCGCCCUCCGCAGGCUUCGGCGGCUUCUACAGCGGCAAAUGGUUCGCAGCCGCAUGGCCUCAUGAAUUCCCAUCCCUCCCCCAUUCCUCCACUAUUCACGAAAUAUACCCCAUUAUCAUAGCAGGUAUUCUUUGGGGCCACGAAUGGUCCAAGAAAACCAUUGCCAUAUACUCCGACAACAGCGCCGCAGUAGACAUCAUAAACAAAGGCUGGUCCCACUCCCUCGACAUCAUGCAGUUCAUCUGUAGGCUCACACUGGUUUCCGCACAACACCAAUUCAUCAUCCGAGCAUCGCACAUUCCAGGCCACAAAAACGCCAUCGCUGACUCUCUCUCCCGCUUCUCUCUCCAGAAAUUCAAACUCUUGGCUCCAGAUUCCGAUCCCCUUCCAACUCUGAUCCCACCGUAUUCAGCCACCAUCUUCAACUGA